AUGUUAACGGAGCUCCUCAUUUUUAUUAGAAAGAAUCAAUUUAACGUUUUUUUGAAGAUUAAAGAGUUUCAAAUUUUUCAAUUGGAAUUCCUGACUUUGAACUCUCAGAAUAAAAACCAGAAGAAGAUUGUUAUUUUGAUGAUUUUUGGAUGUAAAAGUUGGAAAUCUGGAUUUAUUAAUGACCAUAGUAAGCAUCUAAAAGUUCUUAAACACCAUUGUUUAGUACAUAAUAAGGUAAUUAAUUAAUAGAAACAAAUGAUACUUCUACAUUUGUUUAUGGAAUUGUAAGUAAUUCUAUCUUAUAAGUUAAAUACUAUGAUAAAUAAUCUGUUUAUAAUUAUUUAAGUGCUAAGCUUGUUUAUUCUAUUCCUGGAAAUUGUAAUAUUACAAAUAAUUUACAAAACAUCUAUGUGUCUAAAAUGUUUUUGAAUGAAUUAGCAAUCAAAAACUCAAGUAUUAUUUAACUUAAUGUCACAUUAAACUAGUAAUAAACUAAACCAUCCCCAACAUUUGUUGUUGAUGGAUUAGAAUUCAGCAGCUUUGAAAAUUUUUGA